GCGAGCCCUAAAACAGGGGAGGGGGACGGAUCGCCAGUAUCGAGUCAGGGAUCUCGAGGCGGGAGCGCGGGAGGAGGGCACCGAGGGCGACCGAGGGAGGGCGAGGCGAGUUGAGGUGAGGGGAAGCUAACUGAGGCUGGAGGCUGGAGGGCAGAGCUGAGAGAGAGCUGAGGUGAGCUGCCAGCCGGCUACAGUCGGGAGUCACAGCAAUCAGCGUGACGGAAAUUCGGUGUUCUCUUUUCAUUAUUUAAAGCUGGUGGGGCUGGGGCGAUUAGGCACGAGAGAGGACGAGUGAGUUAGAGUGUGCUUGUUUUAAGCUCGUGUCGUUGGACAACAGUCAGCACACAAGCAAGCGCAGCUCAGCAGAGCAUCUUCCGGCGCUCGGAGGUUGCGAUUGCUUUCGUGUCUUUGAUGGUAUUUGUUGGCCUGGAUGCUUCGUGACUCUGAGUGUGCUUGUAUUCCACUGGGGAUUGUAGGCGUCGGAGUUCGGGCGGUGUGAGGUCUUGGCUCUCGGAGGGCGACUGGUGGUGAACUUCGUUCUUCUUGUGUCGUGGAGUCGUAGCAGAAGGCCGGCGCUUGCUCUACUGGUAGUUCGUCGCUCACUCUGCAUCGGGCAAUCGUCCAAGAGAUUGUUGCCUGGGCACGCGCAGCGAGUGUUUCUGCUGCUUUGGGGAUUUUGCAAGGUCAUGGUGAGGACAUUUUAGGCUGGUCCUCCUGCACCGACUUCUGAUCCGGAGGGAGUAGUAAUGAUGAGCAACAUGAGUAUAAAUCACCGCCGCCACGAUGCCGAGAGCCCGCAGGUGCCAGAGGCUUACUCUCCAAAACCCUCGAAACCUUGGACUUCUGUUAGACCGAUUGACUACCUUCUGAAGGAGCAGCGCCUCGUGUUCAUCCUGCUCGGUAUGGGAAUUGCCUCAUGCUACUUCAUGCUCCAACCUGAAAGCAUGUUCGCCGCUGAACAACGCAACACGUACGCAAUGAUGGACACUAUGGGUAGUGGGCACAGGAUCAAUCUUGAAACUCCUACAUUUCCCGUCGUGAAGCAACAUCCUUUCAUCGGGAGCUCGGGUGGUAAAAUUCCCCUCGGCCUGCCGAGGAAACCCUUGCGAGUUGUUGUGACAGGAGGUGCCGGUUUCGUGGGAAGUCAUCUUGUGGACCAGUUGAUGGAUCGAGGAGACAGCGUCAUCGUUGUGGACAAUUUCUUCACCGGUAGGAAAGAAAAUUUGCAGAGACACUUUGGCGAUCCUCGCUUCGAACUCAUCCGUCACGACGUCGUCGAGCCAAUUCUGCUGGAGGUUGAUCAGAUUUACCACUUGGCUUGUCCUGCGUCACCUGUGUACUACAAGCACAACCCUGUCAAGACAAUCAAGACCAAUGUUGUUGGAACUUUGAACAUGCUCGGUUUGGCGAAGCGAGUCGGAGCUCGUUUCUUGCUCACCAGUACCAGCGAGGUCUACGGAGAUCCUCUGGAGCACCCACAGAAGGAAGAGUACUGGGGCAACGUGAACCCAAUUGGAGUUAGGAGUUGCUACGAUGAAGGAAAGCGUGUCGCCGAGACGUUGACCAUGGACUACCACAGGGGAGACAAGGUUUCGGUCCGAAUUGCCAGAAUUUUCAACACUUACGGUCCCAGAAUGUGCAUCGAUGACGGACGCGUCGUCAGUAAUUUCGUCGCGCAGGCUCUUCGAAAGGAGCCAAUGACUGUCUACGGUGACGGAAAGCAAACCCGUAGUUUCCAGUUUGUGUCAGAUCUGGUCGAAGGAUUGAUGCGAUUGAUGGAGGGCGAGCACAUCGGUCCAUUCAAUCUUGGAAACCCCGGAGAAUUCACAAUGUUGGAACUGGCUGAAGUCGUGAAGGAAGUUAUCGACCCUAAUGCCAAGAUCGAGCACCGUCCCAACACCGAAGAUGAUCCUCAUAUGCGCAAGCCCGAUAUCAGCAAGGCGAAGGAAUUGUUGGGAUGGGAGCCUAAGAUUGCCCUGAAGGACGGUCUUCCCUUGAUGGUCGAGGACUUCCGACGAAGGGUGUACGGCGACACCAAGAUCGACACAGUAGUUUAAUUGGACCUCUUAGCAAAGGACUAUUCAUGACAGAAGGAAGUGCUCUCGUGUAAAUAAGACCCUGAUUUGCAUGUAUGCAACACAAUUGAUGCAUGAUCUACAAAUGUAACAUCCACAGAAAGCUGUAGGUAAAGGAGCCGUGUGCUCAGUUGCAGGGCGUUGGUUGUGGAAUUCUUGUCUCUUCAGCCGAGAGCAUUCGCUCUGAAAUUUUUUCGAAGGUUAAUCAUUUCUGCAGGGUCUAGUUAGGUGUCUCAUAUCUGAUCCUUGGAGGGAACACAUCAGGGUUGGGCUUAAUCUGCAGACGCUACGUAGGCCUUCAUACCAUACCUCUCAAUUUUGUGCUAGAGAGAGGGAGCUGGUAGUCAGCUCCAAAUUGAAAGGUGACAUCAGCAAGGUUCUUUAGAUAUAAGAAAAUUCUUUACUGUAAUAAGAGAAACUCAGCCUUUUCGUUUGG